AUGAUCUCUAAACACCAGCGUCAACUUGACAGAUUUUGUUUGGCCAUGGCAACCUUGGGUGACCCCAAUUCUCGCCCUGUUUCACCCCCUCCACCAAGGUCGUUCGACUACGUACAGCUAAUGUUAUUGGACGGCAUACGGUGUGUGUCACAUCUAUACGCAAAUUGUAAUUCAAUUGAUGAGACAGACCAACCAACCGUGUCGGCACGUUUUGACAACACGCAUGAAUAUUAUCGUAGGAUGAGAGAAUACGUAGAGGAAAAUGAGAAAAAUGAUCCACUCAUACAUGCCCCCGACAAGAAAAACAACCCUUGGGCUGAGAAAGGAAAAUGCAUCAUCAUGUAA